AAAUAUUGUUCUUGAAGAAGUCAAUAUGAAUCGGUUGUUAUUUUUUUUCCUUCUACUUGGUGGGGUUGUACUUGUGCUAUCCCACGAAAAAAAAGACAGAUCGCAUAUACCACAAUAUACUUCAAAAUACGAUAAUAUAGAUAUUGACGCGAUUCUGAAUAACGACAGAAUUUUCAAGAACUACAUCGAUUGUUGUUUGGGAAAAGGAAGGUGUACCCCUGAUGGUCAAGAACUGAAAAGUCAUAUAAGAGAUGCAAUGGAACACGAAUGUGAUAAAUGCAGCGAACUUCACAAGAAAACAAUGAAAAAAAUUGGUAAAAAACUCUACAGGGAGAAGCCUGAAUGGUGGAAAGAACUUUGUGACCAUUUCGACCCAGACCAUAAAUACAGGACAAGAUACCAAAAAUUCAUCGACGAUGCUUUAGCUGAGAAAGACUAGAUUUCUGAAGGUGAUUCAAAAAUUGUAGAAUAAGAUCAUUUUUGCUUUUUCUGUGAAAUUUAAUUGAACUGUGAAUUAAUGAAUACAUUAAACUCCUUUGAAUAAAUUGGAAAUUGAUAA